UGAGGGGUGGGUUUCGGCCUCGGCGGAGAUCACACUGUUCUCACGACAACACACAACUUUCCGAACCGACCGGUGUCGACCGAAGAAGGGAAGGUCGGUUCUGUCCGAGUUGGAGGGGGCGAGGCUUCCGAUUGUUUGUGGAGAUGCGUCUCAUCGCAGCAUCCGGAAUGCCAAACGUUGCCGGGGAGGAGUCAGCCGGUCAGUGACAAUGCUUUUGAACGCCUUGCCUAGCCAUCAUGUGUGACUUGACACCCAUCACUCAACGAUAGCUCCAAGCUCACCAUCAUGGCCGCCUCCAAGUCCCAUCCCAGGAGCCAGCAGGUGGCCGAGCAGGUUCAGGAAGAACUCAACGGCACCCCGUACAAGCUCACAUCUCUUGAACCCUUGUCAGGAGGACUUGCCAAUUUCCUCUUCAGAGGUCGUCUCACCAAUCCGUUACCCGACUCGUCCCACAAUGUUGCCAUCAAGCAUGGGGAGAGCUUCAUUGCUGGAAUGCCCGAAAGUGACUGGGUGAUUCCCACAACUCGCUGCCAAGUAGAGGAAGAGUGUCUCAAAGCCGUUCAAAGCAUGCCAAUUCCAGAAGCGCCCUGUGUGACCCGGACACCCAAACUCUACUACUACAACUCGGAUACCAACACUCAAGUCCAGGAAUAUCUCCCAGAUGCCAUCAGUCUCAAGGACUACGCCCUCAAGCACUUCUCCGCAGCCCGUGAUGUGUCCAGAAAACCAGCAUGUCUCGACAUUGGCAAGAGUCUAGGCAUAUGGCUCCGCAGUUUCCACCACUGGGCAAAUCAGUCAGAGCAGUCUGGUCUGCGUGGAGCACUAAAGUUGAAUGCCAACCUCCAAGAACUGAGACACAUGACGAAUUACCAGACGUUGGUUAGUGAUGUUGACACUUGUCCAGAGAUACUCUCGGAUGCAAAGGAGGUCUUUGAGAAAGUGGAAAAAAUGGCAGCAGAAGAACGUGGGAGCGGGAAGUUGGAAGUCAUACAUGGUGACUUCUGGACGGGAAACACACUUCUCGCAGACCGGCCCCUUGAAGAUGGCAAACGCCCAAAUAUCUUCAUCGUAGACUGGGAAAUGUGCCAGCUCAACGUCCACCCCCUUGAUCUAGGGCAAAUGAUGGCCGAACUCUACGAACUAUUCCUCUUCAAGGGCAUCGAAGAAGGCAAGUGGAUCAUCGAGGGCUUUGUCUCUGGUUACGGCAACAUCGACGACAAAUUCGCCUAUCGCAUUGCCAUCCAACUCGGCACUCACCUCAUCGUCUGGGGAUCUCGCGCCCAAGGCUGGGGUACAGAAGAGCAAGUCGCAGAAGUGAUGGCGAAAGGCAAGGAAAUCAUUGUCAAGGCGUGGCAUGAAGAUCGCACGUGGUUUGAGGCAGGGGAUUUGGCUUGUCUGUUUAGUGGCAGGUCGUGA